CGCGUCAGUACACGUGUGACUUUGGUUGUGGGAGUAUCGCGCUCCGUUGCGGACUCGGGCAUUUGACUGGGAGUGGUGUUCUCUGAGGACUCCGGCAGUUGACUCGGGUUCUGUGAAUCAAAGAGUGAGAUUACGAGCAAGUCUGGAUUGAUCCUGGUGUUUUAUGGGGAUCGCGCAGUUAUGGACAGCGGGCGGUCGGCAGGCGCGGGCAUGGGUGGUCCUCGCGGGUUGGUCGCGGGCGUGAAGGCGGCCUUCCGGUCCCGCUCUCGCUCCGAGAAAUCCAGAUCCCGUUCGCGCUCCAGAUGCGAGAACAAUAGAACAGAUGACCACGAUGAGGUCCGCCCCGGCAAGAGCGAGCGGGCCCCGCGGUCACCCUUCCUGGGUUGGGCGCGGUCACGGCACAAGGAGCAGCCCAAGGCGAAAGACGCGGCGAGGGCCAAGGAAGUCGCAGGCGGCGCCACGGAAGGCGGUGGCCCUUGCUCCCUCCUCCAGGCAGAGCGACUGAGCCUCCAUUCGUCGGAGGAUUACUGGCACACCUCCGAGGACUUGCGCGAUAUCCGGCGGGGAACAUAUACGAGUUUCAGGAGUGACUUUUACGAUAGUAAGUACGCGGGGGAAAAAGAAAACGAAAAAACCCUGGACCGCCUGAGGUUGCUGGUUGACGAUGGCGCUGCCGCCAGACUGCAGGACUCGAGGGACAAGAGCGGUGGUCGCCCGGGCAGGUACGUCAACCUCCCCGUCCACUGCGCCGGUGUCGCUGGCCAGGUGCCGGGCGAGAGCAGUGCCAGGGCCGCGGAUGGCGGGUUGGCCCACGGCGUGAGUGCGAGCAACCAGGCCUUUUGCGGGGUGGCUGCGGCCCUCGGGUCUAAGGGCCUUGUGUGUGCGAGUGACGCGGGCGAGAGGGGGGGCGUGGAGGGGGAGACGGAACUGGAGGGGGAAGUGAGGGUGCAGGGAGAUGGCAGUGACAUGCGUGAGGACGAGCACGUUGAAGUGAAAAGCGAGAAACAGUUGAGGUUCGACACGUCGACCCUUAAGAGAUACUAUGACAAAGAGAAGACCUCUGAUUCUGCUAGAGGUUCGUGGCUAAAGUCAGCCUUAAGUUAUAACCUGGAGGUGCCGGAAUCUCCCAGGAACGAAGUGAUCGUGUUAGCUCUAGGUAUCGACCAGUACAUAGAAGAAGUGUUCAGGUUCUUGGAUCGCUCAGGGUCGGGCAGGGUGGGUAUCGAGGACUUCCAUGCCCUGUGCCAGGUCCUGGGCCUGGCGGAGAACGAAGCGUUGCCGAGGCAGGGGCAGCAAAGGUGUCAGUGCCUCGGGUCGAAGCUGACCCUGAAUGGCAGCCUCGACAGUUCCUUGCUGAGCAACGAGGUGCCAGGCGGUAAAGUGUGUCCCAUUCAUCUCAACUUCAGCGAAUUCCACGACCGGCUGUGCGAGAGCUUCGUGAAGGGGGCGCAGACGGAGACCCUCUCGCCGCUCGCGUCUCGGCGCCCUUGCAACCCGCGCCUCGUAACGUCGGUGGUGCACAUUCAGCGGCGGUAUGAUAUCCUCGAGAAGAUUUCGAAGUCCAUCGCUGAAAUAAACUCGGAGCUGGAGGGCGACGUCAAGAGGCCCCCGGCAGAGUGUCCGACGGCGGCGUCCGCCUGUUGCACCACGCGGCAGCCCGCACACGUCGAUCGGAACUCCAACAUCUCUCCUCAGCCGUCGUAUUCUGAGACCUGCCUCCUGAAGCGACAGGUGCUUUUACAACAGCAGGAGCUUCAGUGCCUUCGUGAGGUUAUCGAGGACAUGCGCGUCGCUCUCCAGAAUUCCGACGCUGAAAACUUGUCGCUGCAAGUGCAAAUGGCGAGAAGUUCCGCCCCCUCCCGACGCGGGUCGGAGCACGACCUGUGUCUCACCGACGAGGAGGACACGAUCGACGACCUGGUGAGGCAGCUGACGGAGCUGAGUCGCCCAAGGAGUGAUACUUCUUCGAUCCCUGUCGCGGAAGUCGCUCCCCAGCCACAGGAAGCACCGAAGGAGGCGCCACAAGCGGCGCUGCAGGCCGAUGAUCCCAAGUGCAAGAAGGAAGCGCAGGAGACUGCUUCGCGCCCUCCUGAGCCUCCCGGUUCUCCAAAGGAACCCCACAACACUGCCUUUGUGUCCGGUGACCUUUCUUUAGAGGCUGAACUUCAGGCCACGUAUGAAGCCUUGCAGUCAGCGCGGGAGGAGCAGGAGGCGACGCAGGCCGACCUUCAGCGGACGGUCAGUCAGCUACAGCAACGGGAGGCGGACCUGAAGGGGGCCGAACUCAGCCUGCAGGCCUCGUACACCGCCCUCGAAAAGGUGCAGUACGACAGCCACGCCCUCGUGAUGGAGGUCGCGGAAACCAGGAGUCUCCUGGAGGAGGCCAAGGAGAGGCUCACCGGGGCGCUGGAGGAGCUGGCGCAGGCGAAAAACACCAUCCAGGAGCAAGAGACGCAGCUGACGUGCGCCAAGGAAACCCUGGAGGUUCUUCAGAACUCAAGACAUCGCGUCGUGAAGGAGGUAUCGUCAGCACGGAACCUGGUGGCGGGCAGCAUGGAGCAGGUGCGGGCCGGUGAGCACGCCCUCGCCGCCCUCGCCUCCAUGCACGCCCAUUCCUCGCCCAUCGGCAGUACAAGAUUGGAUUCGGUUUGCAGAGCGGACAGCGGCUUGUACAGUGAAGACAGCGAACGAGAUGACGACAUGAAGACCCCUGAUCGAUCAACAGACCACAUAUCUGCUUCUGACGACGACCUGUGGUCUCCGAGGGGCGCGCCCUUGAAGGACCCCAGGAGCAGGAACGACUCGAACUCCUCCUGCAGCCCGAAGUCCCCGGCGAGUCCCCGGUCGGAGUCGGACCUUCUGACGCCGUCCCUGGGGUCGCCGACGCUGAUGAUCACGGAGGAGGAGGAGGAGGAGGCCUCGUGGGCGGUUCGCGAGGCCAAGAAGGGCGGCGCCCUCACCUCGACCUCGACCGCGAUCAUCGAGGGGCUGGAGAAGGAGGUGCAGUGGAUCCAGGAGUCGCUGGACGCCGCUGAGAAGGAGUGGGAUCAGGAACAAAGCCUGUACUCCAAGGACGACAACGACGCCUACGGGAAGUCGGGAGUCUUAGACGAGAAGCUGCGGCACGUGGAGGCCGAGCGGGUCAGGCUCGCCCUCCUCGAGGACAAGCUGAGACAUCUCCUGCAGGUGCUGCUGACCUUGGCGGACCUGAACCUUUCCCGCCGCACCCUCGGCCGCCUGAUCCUUGAGGCCGUGGAAGACGCCGCUGGAGCCAAGAUCGGGGAGGUGAGGAGCCUCGCGAGCCUCGGGGACAGUGACGUGUCUCCUCUGGCGUUCCUCCCUUCCUUUCUCUCCUCGACGAGCAGUUACCACACGCUGUCCACGGAGACUCUCGUCCACCUGGCGCUUCGGGGCCUCACUCGUCCUCCUCAGAUGCUCGAACUUCCGGAUCACUUCGAAGCUACUCUUGGCUAGCGACGACGUUUCGGGGGGGAGAAAAGAGAAGAUGAUAAAAGAGAAGAUGGAAAGAAAAAAGAUGAUAAGACGACAGUGUGAGUGAUGUAUAGAAACUUGGGUGGAAUGAAGGGAAAAGUUGAGCGGUGCAAGUGAAAAAGGAGAUAUUAAAAGAGAACGAGAAUGUAAAAUGCAAAAGACUGCCGGAGUGUGUUUAGGGCAGAAAGCAUUUCUAAGAUUUGAAGAAGAAAGUGUUAUCCCUGCGAUAUUCCAUGUGUUUUUUUUUAUUCUUAAGAAACUUUGAAUGCCUUUUUGAGUAAUUCUCUCCCGAUGUUCAAGAGCUAGAGGUUGUGAACGUGUUCGUCUUUUGUUCAUGAUUAGACGCACUUAAUGACAAUUCAGGACUCAGUACUGUAUAAGUAUGUAUGUUAAUUAUAGGCGCAUUAUUAAGGCAUAGAGCGAAGAAGUCCUUCAUACCACAGCAUAGAAAUAAAGAAACACACAACCGAUCCGUUUAAAUUGUAAAUAAAAAUUUUAAUUCUUCCGGUAUGCUGUUCUACACACGAACUAAUUUUCCGAAAAGCUUCUAUGCUGCCACCUAGUGUUUCUGGUUGCUUAGAUCUUGUGCAUUUAAUAUAUGUAUAUAUAUAUAUUUUUUUCAUAUUUUCCCUUUUAGAACAUGAGGUUUCACAAAGGAAUAAUCACAUUACCAAAACUUGAUUAAUUCAGUAUCCCUGACCUUUCAUAUUUUUUUUUAUAUUUUAUCGUAUAAGCAAUUACAUCAAUCUGUGUCAUAUCUGAAUCAGAUUGUAAUAUAGCAAUAAAGUUAUCGCUUUUAUCACAUGUUACGAUAUCACUGUUUCUUCAGGCACUGGUUAUUUUAUCUUCAAUUCGACCCGAUUUAUAUUAUUUCUGUUUGGUAUCGACUCGAGAUACUGAUCAAGAAUUAAUGCCAACCAUUAUGAGAAUCUGCUUCGUCGUAAAGGAGACGAGGCAAGACUUCAAAAAGCGAUAAAAACAAUAACGACAACAUACACCAACAACAACAACAACAACAACAACAACAACAACAACAACAACAACAACAACAACAACUCCAACCACAUCUCCAACCACAACUCUAGCUAAAACUACAACUACACUUACAACCAUAACUACAACUACAACUACAACUGCUACAACAGCAGCAGCAACAACAAAUCUAGAUCCAUUUAUGCAAUCUCAGACUAAACAUAUAAUGAAAAAGUGUUGUGUAAUUAACAUUGCUAGUAUUCUGUAUUCAUAAUGAUUGUUUAUAUUAGUGUACCGAGAAUGUGAUUAUCCAUUGAUGUGAACAGCGUGUAUAAAACAGCUUUACUUUUCAACGUACAAAAAUCUUCUCAAACCCUGUCCUUUGUGUUAUGAUAAAUAAGAUUUUUAUACUUUAAUAUGAAUUCAGAAAAUAAAUGUAUUUGAUAUCAGAGUGUUAUAUAUGAUAACGGUUUACAAUACGUUUUUUUUUAAAUCUAACAGGCCGCUUUUACACACAAAAAUACUUAUUAGUUAUUUUUAAGGAGAUUCUUAUUUAUCUGUUUUUUCGUUACUUUUUAAGCUUCUAAAACAACAUUAUGCUAGUCUUAAAUACUUUAUGUAGAUAUGUAUAAUAAAUAUUU